AUGAAUUUGAUGACUAUUGGUAUGUUUAGUCGAGCGGCGACCGUUAGGUCACUAUAUCGAGUUAUUAACAUACAAGGCCAAAACAUGUAUGUCGGGUGUGUGACCCAUCAACUACCUAGCAAUGGUGGAGAAAACAUAGGUUGUCAUAAUAAAAGCUUCAAAUUAUGCAGAAAGAGUUUCUAG